AUGCCACCUGCUGUACUGGCAUUCAUUAUCGCAGAACUGGGACCGGAUAAGAAUAACAUUUGGAUUACCAUAUCGUGAGUACAGCUUCAGCUUCCACCAUUCUUUUACCAGUCUAACUAUCUCCCAGAUGGAAUCUGGUAGCAGCGGUCGUAGUCACAGUUAGUGGUCGACUGGCGGAUAUUUUUGGUAGACGCUGGUUUCUUAUUACCGGUGCUGCUUUGGGAUGUAUUGGCUCAAUUGUCGGCGCAACUGCGAAUCAUAUUCCUUCCAUGAUUAUCAGUGGAGUGAUCUUUGGUCUCGGGGGUGGCUUUCAGGAGAUGUGUUUUUCCUGUGUGCAAGAGUUGGUGCCUAAUAGGUAUAAAUUCACCGUUCUUGGUAAGACACAUUGAAUUAUUUGUAGCGUCGUUCACAGGAAAUAUAUAUGCUAACCAUACUCACAGGUAUUACCGAGAUUGCAAACACACCUGCAAUGUUUAGCGCUCUGAUAUCCUACGCUUUCAUUGCUUACCUUGAGCUCGGAUGGAGAACUUGUUAUUAUUGGUGCUUUGCAUUUGAAUUCGCCAGCCUCGUCUUCCUCUUUCUAUUUUAUAAGCCUCCAACGUUCGAAACAAAACAUCAAGAGGACCACAAGACAAAGCUGGAGCUUUUGAAGGAACUUGACUUUUUGGGUCUUAUUACAUUUACCGCAGGCUGCACUCUACUACUCGUCGGUAUCACCAGAGUACGUAGGGGAAGCUGCUUCUUAAGGAGCUGAAGCUGACAAUCUUCAGGGUGGAACAACUGCACCUUGGAACAGUGUCUCUGUUCUUGCUCCUAUAGUUGUGUCAGGUCCUCUGUUUAUUUCCCUGGGAUUUUGGGAAGUUUAUGCACCACUCAGGCAUCCAAUUUUACCCACAAGGCUCUUCAAAAAAUGGCGCGAGUGAGUAAAUCUAUUGCAUAAAGAUGCUCUACUGACUCGAGGUAGUUUUACUGCACUUCUUGUAGUAGCUUUUGUAUGUGGAAUGCUCUUCUACAGUAAUCUCGCGUAAGGUUUCCGGUUCUUAUUCUUCCAGCUACCAUACUCACUUAUUUAAACACAGACUUUGGCCUCGCAUAUCCGCUCUACUUUUCGUCUCAACGAAUGAUAUAAUCAUUCGAGGUCUAUACGCCAAUAUGACGAGUUUCUCAACCAUUCUUUCGAGCAUCUAUUGCAUGGCAGUAAUGCCAUGGGUGGGACACGAACGCUGGCAAUUGAUGUUCCUUGUCACCACACAAACAGCUUUUACAGGCGCGCUUUCAAGUCUCACAAUAAUCGACAUGGGGAGAGCAAUUGCAUUUGUACUACUGGCUGGCAUGACAGCAAGCUCAUGUUCUCCUUUGAUCGCUGGAACUGUAAGCCUGGGCCUGGAUGACCAAAAAGAUGUGUCAGUUCUUUUCCUCGCUCGAAGAUAUUCCCACCCUAAUCUUCGCAAGUGGUGUGGCACUCGUUAUAGUCUCAACGUCCCGUCUUAUUGGCGGAGCCGUAGCAGGCGCAAUCUACACAUCCAUUUACACAAACCACUACGCCUCCUCCAUUCCCGAAAAACUCGGAUUCUACACCUCCAGCGCCGGGUUUACAGGAUCUUUUGAGUCUCUUCUCAAAGCUUCUGCUAACAAUACCGUAGCCGCGUACCAAAAGGUAUCAGGUGUUACUCCCGCAGUAAUUCAAGCCGCGCAAUUGGCUGUAAAGGAGUCCUAUGUCGAGGGUUUUAAACUUGUUUUUCUGGUUGCGAUAGGGUUUGGGGUGUUCGCGAUCGGGGCUGCUUAUUGCACAAGAAUUGUGGAUGUAGGAAGAAAGAGCAAUGAACAGGCUGCAAAGUUGGAGAAUGAAAAGUCUGGGGAGAAAGUUCUUGUUUAG